AUGUGUGAGGACUGCAAGACCGCCGUUCUGGCUGUUGCCAUCUUCAAUAAAAUGCGUGCCUGCUGCCCCAGUUGUCGAUCGCUCAUUAGAAACUACUAUCAGGAGCAGAGUCUAGUGGUGCGCCAGACCCUCUGGGAGCUACCCAUGAGCUGCCCCAGCUGCAAUGACCAGUUCUCAGAUAGGAAAGAUCUCUCCAGACACUUGGAAUUCGUUUGUGAGGGGCGUGUGAAGCGGGGAAAGGAGAUCCUAGAUUUUCUGCUGCAUGUCGAGGACAGGGAGCUUGAGGCCCAAAAGCCCGUGUUGCAGCUCAAUCGGGUGCUGAGUGCUAGCCGGUUGGAAUUUUUCACCUUGAGAAUGAAGUGGAUACACCGCUCAGAGGGUUUACAACCACGGACCCUCGAGUCUGAGACGAUUCGUGCCUUUGAGGAGGAUUGGGUGCUGCGUCUACGUCUGAAAAGAGCUGGGGAAAAAAUCACCGUCAGCGGCCAGCUAUUGCUUUCGACUACCCCACGAGUGUCCCUCAUGGUUGACCAUUUGAUCCAGAUGCCGCAGAGUGUCUGCAGCGCCAAGCAGCUGCACGACAUACGCCCGCGUAUCUACCGCCAUAUUUUCGAUUCAACCGGCAAGUGCGCAAACCGCCAGGAGCUUCCCUUGGCGGGACCUCAGGCCCUGUACCGGCUAUUUGCCAUGACCCGGAUCCAGCUCCGUUUGUGGAUGUUUUUGCAUUAUUGA